AUGGCUGUAAAACUUGAUCUUUCUAAGGAUUUUGAUAGACUAGAUCGGUCUUUUUUACUAGGUGUCCUUAAAAAAUUUGGUUUUGAUGAUAAAUUCUGCAAGUAUAUUGAUCAAUGUAUAUCUACCACUCAGAUUACCAUCCUCUUGAAUGGUUCUCCUAGUAAUAGUUUCACUUCUACUAGGGGUGUUAAAGCUGCUAGAAAUGCUCCAGGUAUCACCCAUAUUAUGUUUGCUGAUGAUAUUCUCACCUUCACUAAGGCGAAUAUGCAUAACAUAGCAGGUAUUAUGAAUGUUUUAGAUCAAUUUGGUAAGGUCUCUGGUCAAAUGCUAAAUCUUGGUAAGUCCAGUGUUUAUUUCAGUAACAAUAUUACCCCUGGUGCUAGACAUGAUCUUGCUAAAGAGCUUAACAUGUCUGAGAUGUUGGAUACUGAUAAGCUUAAGAUUUGUAAAGGGAAGACUAUGAAUCAUUCUGCUAGGUCCAUUAUGGUUAAACAUGUUCUUAAUGCUUUGCCAGCACAUCAAACAGGGAGUUUUAGAAUUCCUAAAAACAUGAUUGCUCAAAUGAACACAAUUGAGAGACAAUUCUGUGAUGAGGAUGCCCUUUGGUUGCAAAUUGUUAGAGCUAAAUAUGGAAGAUAUGGUAGUAUUCUUCAUUUAGACAAACUCAAAGAUAAGUGCUCUUGGCUCUGGGGAAGUAUUUAUUCUGUUCUUGAAGUAGUCCACCUCCGCUCUAUGUGGGCAGUUAGGUGUGGUACUAAAAUUAACAUUUGGUUAGAUUGCUGGGUUACUGGUUAUAAUAGCCCACCUGUUCCAGUUACUGACAAGGAAUUUGUAAAGAUUAAUUUGGACCCUUCAUAUAUAUCUGACACCAAAAAAGGUAGUAUUGGCCUAGUUGUUCGUGAUUUUGCAGGGCAAUGCUUAGGAGUUAAAGGAUUCAAGCUGGAAGAGGAGGUGGAUGCGGAAUUCGGAACUGAGGUGGAUGCGGAAUUCGGAGCUGAAUACUUUGAAUGCAAAUCUCUAGAGAAAGCUGUGGAGUGGAUUGAAGAAAGUUGUGGAGUGGAUUGA